UAUUAAAGAUGUUUAAAGACAUUUAAAGACAUUUAAAGACAUUUAAAGAUAUCAGGACUGUGAGGAGCUGGAUGGACUUUUCUCACUAUUUCCUAACAUUUUAAAGUAUAUAAUAUUGUGUUUGAUCCCACAGCUUCUCUUCAGGUUUUAAAGAAUUAUAAUAACACAGAAAAGAACAUUAAGCAUUUUCAAUUGGAGAUAAUCUGGAUCAGCCAUCCGACAUGCUUUGGACGGUGUUACACCUCCUCCAGCAACGUUAUUUUAUUUCUCUUUAAUUGUGAUAUAUAUAUAGAUAUUAUAUAUCUAUACAUAUAUUAUAGAUAAGUGGAAACAGCUUGUUGUAUUUUAAAUGUUGCACUCCUGGUGUGCACAGGUGUGUGUGUACUUACCUUUAAUGAACCUGUGACAUCUGAUCUGAUCGUAACUUAUUAAUUAAUGUUAUAAAAUAAUGGAAUUUACAGUCCGGCCGCUAGAGGGCAGCAGAGCGCCGUGCAGCGUCGAGUCUGCCGAAAUCACAGAAGAAGAAGGAGAAGAAGUCCCCGCCUACUGUGCUCUGAUUGGCUCCUACCCGUGUGACGUAACCCGGAUGUAGAAUCACCCAGAACGAGGUCUCUUCACAUGUGUUUGUUGGCGUUACAGAAAACAGGAGAAUGACAUCAUUGGCCCACCAGCUGAAGAGGCUCGCGCUGCCUCAGAGCGCCCCCGACCUGCUCACACGCAGAGAAGUCGCAUCGCUGCUCUUCGACCCUAAAGAUGCUGCGACCAUGGACAGAAGCACCUUCUACGCCCUCGGCUGCACGGGGCUGGAGGAGCUGCUGGGCAUCGAACCUGCGCUCCUGGAGUUCCAGGACAGCCUGUUCAGCCGCGCCUCGCUCACCCUGGAGCGCAGCGUCCAGUCCAGAGAGGUGAACGAGAAGCUGGACGCCGGCAUCUCGCUGUUCCUCGCUCGCCUCUGCCCGUACCUCCUCCUGAAGCCGGCGCAGAAGUGCAUCGAGUGGCUGGUUCACCGCUUCCACAUCCAGCUGUACAACACGGACAGCCUGCUGGCCUGCGCGCUGCCGUACCACCACACCAACGUGUUCGUCAGAGUCCUGCAGCUGCUGCCCAUCAGAGACGCAGCGCAUCGCUGGAACUGGCUGCACGCACUGCAGAAACCCGGCGUGCCGUUACCCAGAGGCACCCUGGUGACUCACUGCUGCACAGACCUGAGCUUCAUGGACUUCAUCUGCAGCCUCGUCACCAAAUCCAUCCAGGCGUACUCGGGCCGCUCUGGGAGCUGCUCCCAGCUGCGUGUGAUCUUCUCCUUCUACGCCUCGUCUCUGGUUCCAGCUCUGGACGCUGUGGACAAAGUUUCUGACGCCAUCAUCUCCAAACUGCUGCCGUACGUUCAGAAGGGUCUGAAGUCACCGCUGACGGACUACAAAGCCGCCACCUACAUGAUCGUGUGCCAGCUGGCGGUGAAGGUGGUGAUGGAGGCGAGUCUGGUCGACACGCUCGCCGCGCACGUCAGCAAGUCUUUGCUCAGAGAGCCGCUGCUCGCCAAGGAGGGCGUGGGCUGCCUCACCGUGCUGCUGCAGAACCAGAAGGAGGGCGCCGCUGGGCCCAGAGCGUUCGUCCAUCUGAGCUCGAUGCCGGCGCUCGUGUCGACGCUGCAGGUGAUGGCGGCGGCUCACGAUGUCGGUCCGCUGCUGCGCUACCUGCUGCCUCACCUGAUCCACGGCGUGUUCACCUGCAGCUCAG